GUUAACACAUCACACACAGAGGACACCUCUUCCACACGCACCAACCACACACACACCACCACACGCAGCGCACAUCAUGGCCUCGUUGUCUUCUUGACGGCUUCGGCCACCUUGCUCCUGACCAUCCUGAGGUUGGCAGGCUUGACACGCUGGUCGGGCAGCAGCUUGUCUGUCCCCUUGCUGGUGGCUUCCUGCCACCGGCGCAGAACCACCCCCAAAGACAAGAUGGACUGACCCCUGAGAUAUGACACACAUACACCAGGGAGGUGACUGGCGCCGCUUCUGCACGCGUGUGUGUGUCGGUGGUUAUCUGCUCACUUGGACUCUUCGGGCAGGCGAUACUCAUCAGGACACAUGAGGCGGACCCACGCCUGGCCGACAGAACCAUGGUAUGUACGGGUGAGUACGUCAGUCAGUGUCUCUCUCAAUGGAAUGUGACUAAGUAAGUCCUUCACCUGCUUGUCGAGAUAUCGUCUCAGAAUGUUGUGCUGCAGCCGGCUCCGCAGUAUCUCACCCAUCGUGGGCUUCAAUGGAAUGGAAAGAACGAAAAGUGCGAGAGACGUCAAUGAAGCCUCUCUCCCCCCCGGCUCACCUUGUCUCUCUGCGAUGCCUGCUGCUGUGUCUCCUCCGCAACGCUUUGCACAUCCGCCAUGAGCCUGUCGGCCUCGUGCUUGGUCGGCCGGGGGUCGGGCGGUCUCCUGCCGCCAUUCUUCUCAGCCUCUGCGGCGGCAACCUGGUCGGUGUAGGUGCUGCUGAUGUCCUCCCUCCUCUCCCACUCCAAUGAACGGGCGAGCCGGGAGUGCAAGAAGAUGUCGAUCAGGAGAUCCUGUGCGGCCCACACACACACACACGCACACACGCACACACAGAGAGAGAGAGAGGCAGAGAUUCGUUGUGGGUGGAUGGGCAUCAGCCAGCUGGCGUACUACCUGCCAGUAGAGGCGCCCGAUAGUCUGGUAUUUCCUCGGCCCCGCCCAUUCGCCAUUUGGUGACUUUGUGACUUGGUAGCAGGGCGGGCAGCACCUGCACCGGGCGAUGUGCUCGUUCUGCCGCAGCCACGUCUCAUAGUAGGUGUAGUCAUAGCGCAUUGGCGCCUCAGACCGCUGCGGCUCGCCGUAACGCACUGACCACCUUAGUCCCUUCUGAUGAUCACCCAUUUCAUCAACAAGCCCCUCGUGGUGGUGGUGGUGGUGGUCCUGCUGCUGCUGUGGCUGUGGCUGUUGUGCCUUUGCGGACUUCAGGCGAGACCAGCGUUGGUCGGUUUGCCGUUGCAUGAAGAGACACGCUGUGUGUGGGCGGGAAGGUGCGGAUGUCUGCUGGAUUGCGAGUGGUGCCGGAGUGGUGCGUCUGGGUGAGGGGAGGGAGGGGGGGAACAGAGGCUCGUGGCUCUCGUCGUCUUGGAAGAGCGUCGUGUUGCCGGUGGUCAACCUGAGGGACUCGCGCGGUUCUCCUGCAUAGUACUGCCAAUACCUCAUGCGCCGCUUCAAUCGCUGGUCCAGCGUGCCCUGCAGCACAGCACAGCAUAGCACAGCACAGCACACACCUGUCUGUCGUCUCAUGGUCUGAUGCAUACCAGAAACCCACCCACCCACCCACCAUCACGUCACGUCUGCAGCCUACCUUUCUUAUCCUUCGGCUCGUCUUGUCCGCCCUCAUCCUCUCCCUCGUCAGCCUCGACGCCUCCCGCCUCUUCACUCUCUCCUUCAACGCCUCCUCGCGAAUGAUCCGCUCCAUCGCUGCGUCAUCCACAUGAGCCUGCUGCUGCUGGUGCUCUCUGUCGCUGUCUCCCGAAGAAGAGCGAUCGUCUUCAUCAUCAUCAGUGGUAGAGGGGCUGGUUGAGCUGACGGGCAUGAGAAAGGUGUGGGCGUAGUGGCGCCGCGGGUGGGUGAACUUGUCGAAGUGCGCCAGGUGCUCGAGUGAGUGGAGGGGCGGGGGAGCGAUGGGCCGUGGUUGUGGCUUCUGCGGCGGUGGCUGGGACACUGCAGCCGUUUCUUCGCCUUUCUCUCGCGUGCGGCCGGUGGGCAUGGCUGCACACGUGGGCUUGACGGCUGAUGGAUGGCCGCAGCAGGGGGACGAAGAGAAGACGCGUGGGUGCAAGUAUCCAUCCAUCCAUCCAUUCCUUACUUCCUUACCUUCUUUCUGUGUCUCGUCGUCAAUAUCAUCCAUUUUGCCCGUUUGUACUGUAUGCGGCCCGACCACCUUCCCCCUGAACGCUCGUCUCGGCGCCGCCGCAGACUUCUUCGCAACACCGCCACUGAUAACCUUCACCGCUUCCUUGUCCUUUGCGGCCGCCACUGGCUGCUUGCCCUUCAUGGUCUUGCCUUUGUCUGUUUUCCUCUCUGUGGUCGGUGCCUUUGCGUCCGCCUGGUCCUCUUGGCGAUCGAUGGCUUGUCUCAUGAGCAGCUGACGGAGGUGAGAGUUCUUGCGCGUUAGCAUCUGGGGGAGUGAGAGGGACGGAUGCACACAUCUAUCUUGUCAGCCAGAAUCGCAUUGCUCUGGUGUGUUGUCACCCACCCACCGGUUUGUGUCUCGGGCUUUGGGGAGGUGAGGGGUGGUGUACUGGGCAUGUUGAGGAGGCCCGGCCGGUGGGAAGACUGGCACUCGGACGGAGAAAGAAAUCGAUCACGUCCUCCCCUGCACACAGACAGAUGUCAGUCGUGCACACUGCACUGGUGUAUGGAUGUCUCGUGCUGCUUCCAUUGCCGACGUACCGGUGAUGAGCCCGUCCUGGUCGGUGUCGAUGAGGUGGAAGAGGUGAAGGUAAAAGCGUCGCAGCGAGUCGGGGAGGUUUUUCCGCUGCUGGAUCUUCUUGCGUAUUGUGGUCCAUGCGCUGUUGGCCUGCGCCUGCCGCACCCAGUGGAGCAUCUCGUCUAUCUCUUUCUUCGUCGCACCUGGAUGCAUCCACAGACAACACAGCACAGCACACAAUAGUGUGUGGGUGUGCGUGGGUGUGAGUGAGUGGGAAACAGCCUCUGUCUGUCUGUCUGUCUGUCUGUCUGUUUGUCUGUCUGACUUGGGCAUAGACAGCGGAGGUAGGAUGAGAAGGUGAAUCUGUUGUCCUGCAGCUCCUCUGCAAGUGCAUCUGACGCAAAGAUGAACGCCACUUGAUCGGAAUCAACACGCCGACCGAUGUCCUGCAAGAAAGAAAGGCAAAUCCGAUAUAUCGAUGGCCAUCCGGCAAGCAUUGCAAUCAUGGCAUACAGAGUGCCCGCCCACAGGACUAACUCACCCCUGGCCGUCUGCCCCUGGUUUCGUGUGUGGCCAGUGCUCGGACAAGCUCGUCCAUCCCAAUGACGCCGUCCUUGUCGACAUCCAUGGCGCAGAAGCACUCGUACGCAUAAAGGGUGUCCACCCUGCUCAGACGCAUCUUACCCCCUCCACCGCUCUUGCGCAUCUCACAGGGGUGCGAGGGAGGAAGGAAGGGAGACACACACGCACACACACGAGCACACGCCAUCCGCACCAAUAAAUACCUCGAUCGGCCCUGCCUGGUACACACACAUACUGUCUGUCGUUUCUUGGAGGGUGCUGACGCGGCCUUCUUCGGCUGAGGUCGCUUGGCCAGAGGGUCGGCCCCGAGGUAGGUCCCGCACUUGGUGAAGACGCCGAACCGAUGGUAGGUGCUGGGCGCUGAUCACCAACAGACAGACAGACACCGACACUUCAGACAUUCAAUCUCCUAUGGCUGGCUGCCCGGCGUGCCGUGCUUACGUACGUCGCUCGAAUUGCCCCGCUGCGGGAUCGACCCCGAGUGCGUGGACGUGCCUCUUGAGGUAGCGCUGCAAGUUGUCAAACCAGGGGCGAUCAGUCGCAGCCUCAAGAGCCCUCGACACGUCCUGAGGCAGACAGACAGAGAAGGAGAGGGAGAGGGAGAGAGCCCCCAAAGUCACCAUGCAUGGUACGUAUACACUUGCAUGUAGGAUGGACCACCCCACCCGGAGCGAUGACGAACACCGCCUUCUCUCUGCCCCUCCCUCUUGCUGCUGCUGCUGCCCCUGGUCGUCUGCAUCGUAUGUCUUCCUUGCCACAUGGCCAAUGAGGUCACUCGAUCGCGGCGACAGCGAUGCCGUCGCAACGGACUCGGCCUUUGUCUCCUCUCCAGCACUAAUCUCAUGUUCGUCGACCUUCACCCUGAGCUUCCUUUUCCUAUGCGGAGCGGCGCCUUCUGACGGGUGUGGCGCUGUAGACGGCCGCUGUGAUGGCGGGAGGGGGAGAGAGGGUGACGGUGAGGGGCUGCUGGGGGCACAGGAAGCUGACGACUGCACACACAGACGAGAGAGGGAUACAUGUGUGCAUCAAUGGGUGUGCUGUGUUGUUUGUGCUUUAUCGGUUUCCCACCCCGGAGUAGGUCAUCGAGAGGCUUGACUCCGACAGGAGUCUCAUCCCAUGUGGCGAAGGGGCCAUGGUGGUUGCCGUCACAGGACGGCUCACCCACGCACCGCCCACAUCGAAAUCCACACCCACGCUGGAGCUCGAUGACGACGGACGCGACUGUGUCUGUGUCUGCGUCUCCUUCUUGCCCGCGGUGCUGGUGCGCGGCGUCCAGGACUUCAAUCUCAGAUACACACUCUGAGCGUCCCUCAUUCUGCUCGCCUCUUCCUCGUUGCUGCCUUCGUCCUGCACGCCUCUCGACAGCGCCUCAGGGACGGAUGUGAGGAACAAGGACGGCUGGCGGCUCUGUUGCUGGUCCUGUGGAUCGUCCUGCUCCCGCUGCUCGCCAUGUAUGCCGAGGACGCUCACCGGCCGCACAGAUCUGUCCGACCGCCUCUGGCGGUGUUGGAAGAGCUGAAGGGGGUCCCCCUCACGGCCCGUUGGGGUGGCCGGGACACUUCGGCAUGUGGGUCCUGCUGCUGUCCGUGGGGGAAGGGGUGAGUGGAGUGCCACCAUGGCGGGUGCAUGUGGCUUAUGUCUCAUCAGUGAAGGGUCUUGCAGGAGGGCCGGCCAGUGCCGCAGCAGGACGUACUGGUCGUGCCUCGGCGUCAUGGGACAGUGGACCUGCAAAGGACGGACUGUGUGUAGAUAUCGAUUCUUUGUGAUUCUACUGACGUACCUUGAGAAAAGCCCGGAUGUCGGGAUCAUCCUCCGCCCAUGUCUCAAAAUCCCCCAGCGACACCGUGCCGCCUGCAAGUGGGCGAAGCAAGCAUCCUCCUGUGGCCUUUGUCGUGUUUCCCGACAUCUCACCAUGUGUCCUGGAGCUGAGCAUGGCGUUAAAGGCAUCGCUGGCACACAGUUGAGCCUCCCAUGGUGACGGCUGCGGCACCCCACAGUACCGACUCACACCUGAUUGUGUGUGCAUGACGACCAGGAGGUUGCUUACAUCCAUCCCACCUUAUGUGUCCACUUUUCAGCUCACCUCUGAGGCAGCACUGUAUGAGGCACUGUAUCUCUUCAAAGGUCAGCUCGCCGCUUGUCGGCCACAGCCCCUCCCCCCCUUGUCCGUGCUCAUCUUCGCCCUCCGCCCUUUUCGCCGCGUCGAAGAAGUCAAAGAGGAGCCGGAACUUGGCCUUGCGAUGGGUCUUCGAUAGCAAACACGACGUUAGAAAGACCUGUCAUCACACACACCACAGAAAAACUUGAAUGCCCUAACGAGGUUCGGCUUGAUGCGUUGUCUUGCUCAUGGCGCGCCCACCUCCCACGUGUCGACCAUGUUUGGCUCUCUGUGUGGGGAAGACUGGGGCGCGUCUCGGGGAGAGGUCUGCAGUGAUCUGGGUGAGGCGCCGCUGCCCCUUCUGCCAUCGGGAGUGGCGAAUAAAGAGAACAGUGGCCGCCACUCACUCCCAGCUGCCUUUCGUGGCGACACACUACUGUCAUGUUUGCCACUGCUGCCGGGGCGGAGGGCGAGAUUGAGGACCUGCUGGAAGAGCCGAAGGUUGCAGUAUCGCAUAUGGCAGAGCUGAAUCAGUGCCAAGCUGAAGGAGCAGAUGGCAUCGAGUGCCAGGUUGGUGAUGGGGGACGUUGCGGGCGUCGGCUCGCGGGGCUGCAGCACCUGCGGGCCUAGGGGGAAGGCGCUGCCACUGUUGCCCAUUGCAAGAACUCCUUUGAGGCGUGUUUGAGGCAAGUUCUCCCUUCGGUUCUCUCACUUGGCCCCAGAGGGCGGCCCCCGCAUGAGGAGCCAUCAUUCGGUGUUGCCGUAUGCAAGCAAAAGCAUGGGAGUUCGAG